AUGUUUUCCCCGCUCAUUGCAGCAUCGCUCCUCCUCCUGCAGGCUUCGAGCCCGGCACUCGCGCAAUCGAAUCUCCCGCCUAUGGGCUCUGGGGCAUUCGAGGUCAGCACGCGUGCGUUGAUCGACGCUCCCCUCGAGACGGUAUGGAACACGCUCGUCAACUUCACUGGGUAUCCGGACUGGAACCCGUUCGCGAGGUCCCAAACGGUCUGCGAUGAGUUCUUCAUCCCGCUCGAGAACCAGACCGCUUUCGAGGGCGCCCGGCUCAUAAUCAAUGUCCAAAUUCCGCCUUUGACGCCACCCGUGAAUCGUUCUACACCUUCCAACAUACUGCACUCGCAAAUCUCGUUUGAGAACGUCACCCAUCUCCAGCCGGACCUGCAUCGUGUCGCUUGGGAGCCCAUCGACUUCCCGGAGUCCGUAAUCAAUGCAACGCGGUGGUCUGCAGUCAGCACAGUGGGCAACAUGACCCUUUACGAGAGCGCGCAGGUCUACAGCGGCAGUCUCGCUAGUGUGGUGGGCUCGCUAUUCCAGGAGGGACUACAGGAAGCGUUCGAUGCACAAGGAGUGGCGUUGAAGUUGUUGCUUGAUGGUACAUCGUGA